AUUUUUCGCUCACUACCGAACUAUGCGUGGUGCGAGAUGGUGUGUUCUCUGACCAGCGGCAAGGCUUGCGCCGACAGCGGAGACCCGGACCCGCCAUCGCGCUCCACGCCGGAGAGCGGACUCGAGAUCGUCGAGAACAUGUCGUCGUCGCUCAGCGACGCGCACCGACGCAACAACAAUCACCUGGAGGGUGACCGCAGCUCGUCCGCGGGCUCCUCCCUGGGUUCGUGCUCGCCGCCGCCUGCCACGAGCCACUCGCCGCCGCCGCCGCGGCCACCCUGGCUGCAUGACUUCCACGCGGCGGCCGCGCCCCAUGUUCUGCAGUUCCUCAAUUUGAGUGCCGCCGGCGGAGGCAUGCUCGGCAGCCAGCCGCUGGCAGCGCUGCACUCCAUGGCAGAGAGGAGUCAUCAGCAGCAGCAGCAGCAGCAGCAACAGCAGCAGCAGCAGCAGCAGCAGCAGCACCAACACCAGCAGCAGCAACAGCAGCAGCAGCAGCAACAGCCGCCGCCGCAUCAGCAGCAUCAUCCGCCGCAUCAGCAGCAACAGGGCAUCCAACUGCCGCGCAUCACCGUGCCGCUCUCCACCAUCACGCAGGGCCAAUCCUCACCCACCGGCAGUGGCAGGCACAGCCCGGCAACCUCUAUCACCUCCGUCGGCAGUAAUCCCCACGGAAUCGACACGAUACUCUCGAGACCGGCGGCAGCCCACCCCCAGGGAUCGGUACCGCCGUCGCACGCGGCCCUACCACCGACCCCGCACCCCCAACACAUGGCAGCGCCGCGGUAUGCCAUGCACGCCGGUUUCACGGCGUCCUCGGGUAUCGGACAAUUUCAACAAAGGACGGAACCACGGCACCCAGCUGUCUAUUGGCCGGGUCUUCAGGGACUAGUCAGCGAUCCUCUCACAUGGCGGGCAAGAUUACACACAUUGUCGCAACAGCUGGGCUGUCAGCAAGCGAUGACGGGCACGGGCGGCGGCACCGGAGAACACGAGGGCGGCAAGAAGAAGCACACGAGGCCCACGUUCAGCGGACAGCAGAUCUUCGCCCUGGAGAAGACCUUCGAGCAAACCAAGUACCUAGCCGGCCCGGAGCGCGCUAAAUUGGCGUACGCCCUUGGGAUGUCGGAGUCGCAAGUCAAGGUGUGGUUCCAGAAUCGGCGGACGAAGUGGCGGAAGAAGCACGCGGCGGAGAUGGCGACGGCGAAACGACGGCAAGAGGAAGUCGAGGGCGUCGUCGCCGAGGGUGAGGACGGGUGCAGCGACGCGGAGGCCGACGGCAGCGGCGGCGGCGGCGGCGGUGGCGGCGGUGGCGGCGGCGGUGGUGGCGGUGGCGGCGGCGAGACCGCCGCGAAGAGGCUGCGAAGGGAGCUCGAGCAGCAAUACAGGCACUGAGGGCCGCCGACGGGGGUGGCCCGGGGACACGCGGGGGUGCGAAAAAAGGGGAAAAGAGGGAUGCAGAGGAGAAGGAUAAGGCGUGGCUGGGGGCGGCGCGUUCCGGGGUUCCUCGCGGCUUCUGUUCGGAGAACGCGCGUGUCGGCUUCGAAAUGAUCGCGGAACGACCGAACGGCGGAAAGAGAGAGAAAGAAAAAGGGAGAGAGAGUGAAACAGAGAGAAAAAGAGAAAAAAGGCGACGUACGUGUGCGAGUGUACGCGCGUGUAUUUCCGCAUGUCUCUCUUCGUGAUUUAGCCGGACGCUUAACGCGGGAUCGCGAGUGACGGGGGUGGUCCAGGGGUAGGGGAUAGUUGGGGGUGGCGGAUUUCCUUUGAAUUGGGCGGAAAGUGGAGGAGGGGGCGAUUUGACAAUUUUUAAGAAUGCGGGGCGUUAUUGAUACUCACGUCGUUGUCUCGAUUUUACUGGGUCAAUUUUGGUUGAGGUACGAGAGCGAUUAAAAAGUCGAAGGAUUUACGAAGGAGAUAGACGAGAUUUCGAGAUAACUUCAGAUGGAUUCUUCUAUUACCUCGGCUGGAAUUUUAAUUCGGGGCUGGGCUGCCUCGCCCUCUCCUCCCGGUUAUGUUCAGUGUCGAAAAUCGUAUGAGAGUAUGCGGAUUUCGUAGGUGAUCGGGCACAACAAUUCGCGAAUGCAAAGAGACCGCCGAUUCAAGGUUCGCGCAAUUCCAAAGUUCCGAACUGAUGAACCCGAGAGAUUAAGCCAGAAUCAGGCGAUUAAUAAUUUCUCACUUGCAUAUUGACCUGCUGAAGUUCAGUUCACUACAUCGUUAUCGUGCACUGGAAGAUCCAUGCAGUGAACUGUAGUCUAUCAGUAUGCAUGUAAGGGAGGGAAUUCACAUCUUGGCACAAAAGCGGAAAACAGAAAGACUAAAGCCAAUCAGAACUCGCGUUGUAGCAGAAAAACAGAAACCGGCUACUACUAGACCGCGAGUUCUGAUUGACUUCUGCCUUUCUGUUUUCUGCUUUUCUGCCAAGAUGUGAAUUUUGCCUGAAAAGACAUGAAAUCGCGUGAUUCUAGCUUUACACGCAUUAGACGCAAUCAUCUCGCAAACGACUGCGCGUUUAUCGAGCCGACUCGAUAUCACGACUUCGCCGCCACGGUCGCCAGCAUGUUUGGCGGGAAAUAACACAGCAGCAACGCGCAAACAUUGUUAACACUUUCCCGGGGCGACGUGUUACCAUAUGACAAAAUCUCUCGAUCGCGUACGCAUAUUUAGUCGCUCGCUGCGAGUGGCACGCGGAGGAGGAAUCGAUAGGAAGGGUUUGCCGAGCUGCUUACGCGAUGGCAGAUUAGUCGCCAGGGGCUUUGUUAUCCAUCCGACAAACAACGCACAGCAAAUAUGGCAAACAACGUGCACGACGCGACGUCACCCGUCAAGAAGGUGUUAAUGGAUAACCAUAAAUCCAAGAGGCCGAAGGGCAAUCUGUACGUUCAAGCGUUCCUAACUAGUCGACCAUUAUUGGGGAAAAUCGCGCAGAGAACUCACUCGUCCUUUAAUUGAAUAAAUAACUACACGACUAAACGACAAAUUUUUGCAGGGCAAAAAUGCGGGCCAUGAUCAUUUCGUUUACCACUUAUGAGAUAAAAGUGCCAACGCUCGGACACGUGCUUAACUCUGGGCAUUUAUUGAGAAAAAAUACUUGAAAACUUAUUUGUGAGAUAUAAAGAGUUAUUUUUUACAAAAAUAAGCUUUAUCUCACAGAAAUAAAUUUUGUUUCUUGGAAAUAAACUUUAUAUGGCACAAAUAAAUUUUCGAGUAUUUUGUUCUCAGUGUUGCUUUGGAUCUUAAAUUUUGGACUUUUCAACGUAGAAUAUCCUAGCAAAUGCUAACAGUCACAUUACGUCAUUGUUACAAUUUCCCCUUCAACAAUGUAACUGUUAGAUAAUACACGUGUUAUGUUGCAUUUGUUGAGCGAGAAUUUAUAACAUCAAUGUUAUAUUGCUGACAGUUGGUGUUUACUGAAUAUAUGUAUAUAUAUUCAAUAUAUGUGUAUAUAAGGCGAGGCACUUAACAUUAGAUUCCAAAAUAUCUCUGUUGUUUUUUUUUUUUUUAUUAAAUUAAACGUGUAAAGAAUAAAUUGUGCAGUUGAAAGAGAUAUAUUGUGAUCAGCUGAUCACGCAAUUUAUCCCUUGCACAUUCUCGUCUAAUAUAAAAAGCGACAGAGAUACUUUAGAAUCUAACGUUAGGUGACUUAUCCUAUAUAUUUCUAUGUUGAAAAUUUAAAUAUUCGUAUUUAGAAACCCCCCGAGACAAUAAGAAUUUCCAGAAUUGAGUACAUGUUCAGGUGUUAGUUUAUUUUUAUCUUAAGUCAUGCGAUUGGGCACUCGAUCGAAAUCACAUUUUGAAUUUCACAGAUUCGCGGAUACGACAUAAAAGCAAAUCAAUUUUUACAACAAUACUGUUCAACAUGCGCUUCAUCCUCGUGUGUGUUGCUAUUUUGUGAAAUACGUCAUAAUUCCGCACUUUUCCUAAACGUUUUAUACCUUUCAGUGAAUUCUGCGAUUCCUUGAUCGCGUGUUGAACAGCACUGACAAGUACUAUUCAAAUCUACUCAAAAGUUACACUCCGAUUUCUUUCUAAUUUGGCACAAAUGUAGAAGUACAAAAAAUAUUUAGGUCAUAUUUUUUUAUUUUGGCAUAUCUGGAGUUUCACGGACAGU